CAUCGGCUGUCCUUCGCCUCCCUGACACAACUCUCUCACUCAGCAUGAAGCUCCUGGUGGUGGUUGUCUUGGGUCUGGUUGUCCUGGCCGCUGCCCGCCCGUCUGACAUCAUUGACAUCGAGGAGGACCAUCUGGAGCACGAGCAGGAGGGCGUCCCGGGCACGGCCGUCGAGGGCGAGUACUCUUGGGUAGCGCCUGACGGUAAUGAGUACAAGGUCAAGUAUAUCGCUGACCACCUUGGUUACCGCGUCCUCGAGGACAACGUCGUGCCCGAGGUCCCCGAGCUCGAGGACUACUAGGACCCUCGAAGAUCACCGUCCUCGAGGACAACGUCGUUUCCGAAGUCUCCGAGCUCGAGGUCAACUAGGGCCCUCGAGGAGAACCGCCGUCAAGGAGGACACAGUGCUGAAGAGAUCAAAAUGUCCCGCAACACGCAGGAAAAACCUUUUACAGUAAAAAAUUUCAAACCUGCAAAAUGUCCAAAAUGUAAAAACAAAAUAUUUUUCUCAAAUGAUAUAAAUAAGAAUAAUUAAUAUAAUUCGUAA